UGCGUAGCCUAAGAGAUUCACUCAAAACUAUCGAAAUCAUUGUGUUAUUGGCAGCAGAGGAUCCGAAUAGCGUGCGAGCAGUAGUGAGAUGCUACGACGAGCUCGGUUGCAUGGACACGGAUGGAGUUUUCCACCACCCCGAGCACCGUCCCCAUAACCUGGUUCCUAAGGAUCGACACGUGGCGAACACCAGGUUCCUCUUCUACAACCGACGCAACCGGCCGGGCUACGUGGAACUCUGGUGGAACUCGAGCGUGGAUGCGAUCAGCACGGCGCCUUUCAACAGAUCCCUCGAGACGAAGUUCAUCGUCCACGGCUACUUGGACAGGUUGUUCUUCGGCGCCUGGAUGACGGAGAUGAAGGACGCUUACCUGAACAACGCGGACGUGAACGUCGUCAUCGUCGACUGGAGCCAGGCCAACGUCGGCAUCUACGACAGCGCAUGCGCAAACGCCAGGGUCGUUGGCGCCGAGUUGGCGCUCUUCAUCAGGAAACUGAAGGAAGCCUUUGGUGCCGACCCGCAAAUGAUGCACAUAAUCGGACACAGCUUGGGUGCACAUGUGGCUGGUUACGCGGGCGCCAACACGACCAAUCUAGGGAGAAUCACAGGUCUAGAUCCUGCCGAACCGAACUUUCAGAAGAUGCCUCCCGAAGUGCGCCUGGACCCCUCGGACGCCGAGUUCGUGGAUGCUAUUCACACAGACAGCCACCCAUACCUAACCAAGCUGUGGAGCAGUGAAGGCAUGGGAAUGUGGGACCCCGUCGGUCACGUCGACUUCUACCCGAACGGCGGCGAGUACAUGCCCGGAUGCGACUCGGUCAACCGAGUCUGGAAGCUUUUCACUCAUGGAAUAAUCAAAGGCGUCCGCGAUGUUCUUAGCUGCAACCAUCAGCGCGCCGUGAAGUACAUGUUGGAGUCGAUCUGGAACCAAGAUUGCUUACCACUUGCGUACGAGUGCCCUUCCAACGAGGCAUACGAAAUGGGACAGUGUUCAGACUGUGGUGCGGACGGUUCGAAGUGCGCUGCCAUGGGUGAGCGAGCUGUCCAGUGGAAACGCUUCAAGAAGAGCGAGCCGAGACGAAUGUUCACCGUCACGAACUCUCAGAGCAAGUUCUGUGUGUUCCAGUAUGCAGUUACGCUAAGCACCGGCAAAAAAGUGCAAUAUGCCAACGGCAGGGGCGACAUUUUUCUGCUAGAAGAAGGCACCGGUGCCAGAAUAAAUGUCAACGAAAGGUAA